UUGCGUCGCCAUUGUGGGAUAACAGGUGGCAAGUGCGGUUGCUUCUCAUUUAAAACGGCGAAAUUAUUUCCGCGCCUUUUUCUCAUUCAUAUUUUAAUGCUGUAAGUAUGUUACAACCUGAUGAGUUUCUUACAUCGGGGUGCCCAGUACUGAAUUCAAAUUUACGAGGAGGUAUCAAUCGAAAAGGUUUGACAGAGAUUUAUGGUCAGUCUGGAACUGGGAAGACGCAGUUAGCUUUACAGCUUUGUCUUACGGUGCAAAUACCAAUUGCCGCAGGUGGAUUGGGAGCAGGUGCAGCAUACAUAUGUACCGAAUCAGUAUUUCCAACCAGAAGACUGCUGCAACUAUUAAAAACUUUCCCUAAUGUCGAGAAGUACAAUAUCACUGGGGAUUCGGUGUUUAUAGAACAUGUAUCGACUAUUGAAGACUUGGAAAUGUGCGUAAUUAGAAGAAUUCCAAUACUAAUGGAGUCUCAGAAAAUAGGUCUCAUAAUCCUUGAUUCUAUCGCUGCACCUUACAGAGUCGAAUAUUCCGAUUCUGAAUUAAAGAACAGAGCGAGAAGUUUACGAUCUAUAGGCUACCAGCUGCACAUUUUGUCUUUCAAGAAUCGAAUACCUGUUGUUUGCAUCAAUCAAGUAACAGCAGUUGUGAAAAGUGAUUGUGUGGAUAAUUUACUUAGUAAAGAACAACCUGCUUUGGGGAUUACUUGGGCUAAUCUUGUCUCGAACUCAUUAUAUCUUUAUAAAAGUGAAGACCAUCGUUAUGUAUGUGUUAAAAAGUCAUCAUACGUACCACGAACGGUCAUAAAAUUUAACAUAUCUGAUUCAGGAGUAUUCGGCAUAGCGUAAAGGAUCUUCUUACAAAAGAUAACUAUUUUUAUACCUAGUAGGAAUAAUAAAUGCAGUACGUUAUAA